AUGACACGAAAGCGAAGAAUCCCAGAAAAUCAUGAAGAUUCCCAUCAAAAACAACCGCGGUAUCAAGAGAAUCGAGAGGAAAAACAUGAUGAACAAGGUGAAGGUGGAGAACAUGCUGGAAAAGGAGAAUUCCCCGUCACUCUGGUCCGAUAUCUCGAGCAAAUGGCCAAGGAGAAACCUACAGGAGAAAUGUGUAAGUUUCUUGGAGAAAAAAUACUUUUUUGAUGGGAAACCGACAUUUUAUACGAUGAAAAGUGUUUUGGAUUUUUAGCGUUUUUGAAAAUGAUUUUUUUAGUGGAGAUUUUCGCUGAGAAGUGUCUUGAAGAAGUUGAGGGUCAAGAGGAACAUCUCCUUCAUUUCGUCGAUGGAUGUUUGGCAGUAGAAGCCGUGUUUACCAAGUCAGCGGAAGCGGCUUUUGAAUACCUGAAAAGGCUUCAGCGCUACAAAAAGAACCAACGAAUCCAACUGAUGUACACUCGAAGUGCCGAAAGAGUCAUUGAGAGGCUGAUUUUGACCAUGGUUCCAUUCCAGGACGAACAUGAAGAGGUUAGUUGGUCAACUGAACAUUCAUCAUGGAUAAUAUAAUAUUUUUGAGAUUUUUUAAAGUUUUUGGUCAAAUUAUAGUAAUAGAUGAAACGAAGGCUUAUUUAUUUUGAGUUUUAUUCUAGACUUGACCAUUAUCUGAACAUUUUUUCAGAUAAUUUCUGCUUGGAUCGACUUGCUCAUCGAAAAUUGGAAUGACGUCAUUUCCGAUCAGGCUUGCUCGUUCCUAAUAAGAGCUAUUGCCAAGGCUCUGUGUGGGAUCAAUCCGCAGCUCGCGGCGAACAAGUCGAUACAAGACGCGUUGAAAAGUUUGGACAAAAAGAAAUUACCCAAGGGGUGGAUAAGACAAGAGCUGGAAAAACUGUACCUACGCGCAUUCGAUUACAAUUCUAUGCAAGGUAGAGUGGUCUAUAAAAAAUUCAGAGUGUUUAGAAAGAGGGUUUAGCAAAUUUUGCUGAUUUUUGGGUACUGGUGACAUGUUAUACGACGAAGUAUUUUUGGAGAGAAUUCGUCGUAUAACAUGUCGCCAGAGUAAGAUAAAAUGGACAUAGUAAUUUCAACUGGUUUUUGAUGGUGGGUUUUUUCAGAAACGGUAAUUUUUUGGUUUUAGUAUGCAGAAUGAACAUGUUAUACGAUGAAAUAUGUUUGGGCAUAGAUCGUCGUAUAACUGAUACGCAGAGAAGAUUUUUACGAAAGCUUUUGGUUAUGCAAGUGAGAAAUGACUUGUAGUUUUACGACAUUUUUAUUUGAUAAAUUUUCAAAAAAAAUAUGUUUUUUCGUAUAAAUUGUCCAAAAAAUCCCAGUAAUCAUCCGUUUUCAGCCAUGCUGGUGAUCCAACCCGUCUCUCUGAUCCUUCAAGACUUUGCCGCCCUCGAGCGAAGAGCCCAAACAGGUCAUGUUCAGACUUUUGUCGCGAAAUUCAUCGAAGACGACAAGAACUUGCUGGAUUCCUUCUCAAAUCGCGCUUCCUCGCGCCUCUGGGAACAGUUGAUCGCCAAUGUAGACGAGCAAAUACACGAAUCGCUCUUUGUUGGCUUCAUUUCGGACCACUUCAAGGUGUUGGCCACACAUCCGACAGCGAAUUAUCCGCUGAAAACGUUCCUUUCGUCGACGAAAUCGGAGGAAAUUGUGAGUUAAUGGGCAAGUUUGAGCCGGUAAACUAAAAAUUUGAUUAGGUAAAAUACGGGAAUUAGUGUUGGUGUUUUUGCGCUCAAUUUUAAGCUUUAUGGACAUUUUAUACGAUGAAACGUGUUUGGGCAGAUUUCAUCGUAUAAAAUGGUAUGAAGUAGAAGAGGACUCUAAAGCUUUUAUGUUAGUCAUUGUGUAGUAAAAUACAAUUAAUUUAGGGCGGAAAUAGACAUUUUAUAUGAUGAAAUGUGUCCAGGCAGAUUUCAUCGUAUAAAAUGGUCUAAAGUAGAAGGGGACUCUGAAAAUUUUUAUACUAACCAUUGUAUAGUAAAAUUCGAUGGAUUUACUCUUCGUAUUUUAUUAUCAAAAGACAUUUUAUACGAUGAAAUGUGUCCAGGCGGAAUUCAUCGUAUAAAAUGUCGCCUUUGUUAAAUACACUCAAUAAAACUUCCGAAUGUUCCCUUGGGGUCCGCUGCUGUCAUAGUUUACUCUUAUUUUUUUAGGCCAGUGAGGUUUCAACAUUGUUUUUGGAGAUCCUGCCCGACUUGAUCGACCAAAACAAGCUUUGGAUCGUCUCACCAGCCCUGAAAUUGAUAGCAAAUUUUGCCGAACUCCAAGAAGACGUCGUGAAGAACCUGAGGAAGUUGUUCAAGUCCUCCAAGAAGGAGAACCGAACCCAUUUUUUACCAAAUGUCGUUUGUUUGAAUGACUCGGAAAUCGAAGAAGCGGAUGGAAAAAUUGAAUUUAAUGUGGAAAAGGCAAAAGUUAAUGGGUAAGAUUUGAUGCAGAUUUGUAAGAGAUGGGUUGAGGAUUAUUUUACAGAAUUUUGAAGUCAUAGAAUUAGAUGGGUGACAAGUUAUACGACGAAAUGUGCAAGACAGUUUUUUCGAAAAUUUCUCGACUUUUUUGAUAAGAAAGUGGUUUGUUUUAUAGAGAAUUUGUGGUUAGGGAUUAUAAGAGUAAUUUUGUGGUAAAAUUCGCGGUGCUUUUUCUUUUUCGAAGUGAAGAAAUGGCAAAAAUUUUGAGAAAAUUUUGGAAAUAUUUGAUCGUAUAACAUGUCACUGUAUAAAUUUUGUGGGCCUUUGUGAUAUUUCAUACAUAUGGCAUGUUUUUAUUUUGAUUUUUAAUACCUCAAAUUAGAGUAAAUUUAAAAUUCUUUAUUUUUCGUAUAAAAUGUCACCUCUCCGAAAAUUGCUGAUUUUUUUUGAAUUAUCAGAUUUUUUCAGCUCCCUGAUUCUAACUCAGCUCUUCCACUUCAAGAAGAAUCAAACCCUGUUGGCCAGCCUCAAUUCCCUAAAGGAGUCGACGCUGAAUUCGCUGACCGAAAGCGCGGUUGGAUCACAUGUUUUUGAUGGAUUUUUCGCCUCAAAAAAUAUUGAUGUGUCAGUGAAAAUCGAACUGUUUGAGAAACUGAAUGUAAGUUUUGGUAAAAUACGGCGUAUUCAAUAUUGAAGUAUUUUUACUCCGAAUCGACAUGAUUAUAACUUUCCAUCCCAUUAGAAGCAAUUUUCUCAAUUUUCAGCCCGGAAAAUUGAUCAAAGACAAGUAUGGAAGCCGAAUUUUUGAGCAUUUUUGGUUUGAAACAGAAUUAUCCCCAGAGUAUCGUGAAAAUUUGAUCAAAAAUUUGUUCACACCACUUCUGACAUCCACGGUAAGUCGCCAUUUUUGAUAUGGGGUGGAUUUUUUGAAAAUUCGGCGAGGGUGACAUUUUAUACGACAAAACAUGUUUGAUCGUAUAAGAUGUCUCCAGUAGAAAAAAUAGUGUUUUGGCUUGAACUAGCGUAUGGAAGUAAAUUAGAGUUUGAGCUUUGGUGAUGACAAAUUUGGGGACAUUUUAUACGACAAAACAUGUUUGAUCGUAUAAGAUGUCUCCAGUAGAAAAAAUAGUGUUUUGGCUUGAACUAGCGUAUGGAAGUAAAUUAGAGUUUGAGCUUUGGUGAUGACAAAUUUGGGGACAUUUUAUACGACUAAACAUGUUUGAUCGUAUAAAAUGUCGCUGCUACCGUAACAAUACCGGUGUACUGUGGAAAUGAAUGAAAUAUUGGCUGUUUAAAAAAUUGCGAAGUUUUUGUAGAAUUUCUAAAAUGAGGGGACAUUUUAUACGACGAAACAUGUUUGAUCGUAUAAAAUGUCUUCACGACUAAAAUCAUUCAAAAGUUAUAAUUCCAGGAUAAAAACCGAUUUGUCUACAUCCUCAUCAACAAGGUUGGGAUCAGAGAGUACCGAGAAAAUCCAAAAAGAUGGCGCCAAUCUCUGGAUCAAAAGAUUGCCGAAGGCAGACAAGGCUUACAGCUUGAUUUUAGCAACAAAGGCGAUGAUAAAACUGGAAAUUCCGGCGGUCCGGCAACCUCGAUCGCGUCGAAGAAGCGAAAAAAGAAGAAUUUCAAAAGAUUUGAAAACAAAAAUGAAUAA